AUGGAUACUCUACCCCAACAACUAGUCUAUGCGAUUAUCCCUUCACAGAGACCCUCAAUUGAAAGCGACCGACUCCGCCUCCGUCCAGUCACAGACGCUGAUGCCCCUGCAUUGUUCGCAGUUCGUUCCCGAUGGGAAGUUGCACAGAUGAACCAUCCCAAAAUACCUUUCAAAUCCGUUGAAGAAACCCGUAAAUGGAUGUCCACGAAAGUCUUCACUCAGGGUCCAUCUGAUGUCAUCGGCCGCUCAUUCAAUUAUGCAAUCUUGAAUAAAUCUAUUCCAGAGUCACAGGAGCAAAUAAUUGGAUCUGUGAGUAUCAACGCUGUGCACCCAUUUCCUGAGAUUGGGUAUGCAUUGCUCCCUGAGGCUUGGGGCAAUGGAUACAUGACCGAAGCACUGAACUUGUUGUUGAAGAUGUGGUGGGAUCUUCCACGAAGGACCAUUGAAGGGACCCAGCAACCAGGAGAGAGAGAGAAGGUCUUCGCUCUGUGUGAGACGCAGAAUGUUGGAAGCUCUGGGGUGUUGAAAAAGUGUAGUUUCAAGUUUGUCAGUGAAUAUCGAUAUGAGCAAGAUGAGCUUAUUGUCUGGGGCCUGGAGAAGCCUUGA